AUGCAGCGGAUCCGGGAGGGCAUCCACAUAAGGACCAUGAAGGCCAAAAGGAAAGUGGAGGACAUCUCUAAAGAAGAUGUCCAGGCCUUCUUCAAGAAGCACGCCUUCGUGCUCUUUACUGUAGCUGCCGUCGUUGUAGGUAUAAUCCUAGGCUUUGCACUGCGUCCCUAUAAAAUGACCUACCGAGAGGUGAAGUACUUCUCUUUCCCCGGAGAGCUGCUGAUGAGGAUGCUGCAGAUGCUGGUGCUUCCCCUGCUAGUAUCCAGUCUAAUCACAGGCAUGGCAGCACUGGACAGUAAGGCUUCAGGAAAGAUGGGUAUGCGCGCUGUGGUGUAUUACAUGACCACCACCAUUAUCGCUGUCAUCAUAGGCAUCAUCGUGGUGCUCAUUAUCCACCCUGGGAAAGGAUCUAAGGAUGAGUUCAUGAAACAGUCGAAGAUAGAGGACAUCAGCCCUGCCGACGCCUUCCUGGAUCUCAUCAGAAACAUGUUUCCACCAAACAUGGUCCAGGCCUGCACACAGCAGUUCAAAACCAAAUACGGGAAGCGAAUUGUCCAUGUAACGGUGACAGUGAACGACUCGGUCUUCAACCUGACCAACCUGACUGAGCAGAUUACCCGGGAGGAGGUGAUCCCUAUCCCGGGCACGGUGAACGGAGUCAACGCCCUGGGGCUGGUGGUCUUCUCCAUGUGCUUUGGCCUCAUCAUCGGCAACAUGAAGGAGCAGGGCCAGCCCCUCAGGGAUUUCUUCGACAGCCUCAAUGAGGCUAUCAUGAGACUGGUAGCAAUUAUCAUGUGGUGA